UUUGGUGGGGGCGGUAGAGCCAACACUGUCAUGGCGCCGCGCACCACCGCCAGCCAAGCGGUACCUCUAACUACUCCCUCGCGGUGUGCAACGCACUGCUCGCGAUUUCUCCGUUGAAAUUUGAGAGGAUCGCGAGUGCUCGACGAUAUAUUUCCUCUCGAUAGGGGUGUUCCGUCGCCGCUGAGAAAAACCGUGUCGUCCCCGAGCUGGCACGAUCAUCCCCGAACGAAUCCGUGGCUCGGACGGUCGCGUCGCAGUCGUGGGUUUGCGGCUGUGUCGCGAGGAGCUGUUACGAAGCAGAGGUGUCGCCGGUGGGAACGAGAGACAGCCAGAGGUUGCCGUGGACCGUAGCCGCGAUCGCGAGCAGUGCUGCGAACGGUGCGCGUAGAUUCGAAGCUUUCGAACGAGUGCCGUCGGUGGUGGACAGAAUCUUCUGGCGACAGAAUCCGCGGACGCCGGAGAGAACGGUCUCGUAUCGACCUCGGUACUCCGUAGGACGAAGGUCGAGGAUCUCGAGAAUCCCCGGUCUCCGUUAGUCGAGAUUCGGCAAGCCGACCAGCCUCGAGCAGCGACGAGGAGUGGCUCGGGGACUAUCAGUGAAAUAAGCAAACCUAGCCGCUGAGAUCCAACGAAAUUGGUGGCCGCGAGGUGAAUCGAUGGUGCACGCGGAAUCGUGACGCGAUCGUUCGUUGGGUGGUAGCACGCACGAUGUCGCGGCGCGAUGCGUCACGUGACUGAGGACGGACCCUAAGCGAACGACAGAGAGUAGAGGUACGCGAGUGAAGGAUCGUCGUGAGGUGAGGACCUUCGCGGGUCCUGACCGUAUCGUGUACGUCGAGGACAGGAGGUGGCUGCCACCCGCGGGUGGAUCGAGCUGGCAGUAGCCGGAUCUCACGGUGAUGACAGCCCACCAGGAGUAACAAUGUCCUAGCGAAGGCAGGACUACAUCUAGGCCGAUCCCCCUCGCCCUGCUCCGUUUCAUCCGAAAGAAUCCCACGAUCCCUGACCUCCGAACACCGUCAACCCGCCGACCUACUCACGCGCGCACCGAACACGCACACACGCACGAACACGAAAACGAACACGGUGUAGACGCCUAUUGUGCAGAGAUACACGUGCGCGACCAGGACACGCCAGACACCAAAGACGCGCGUAUCCGCGUGCACACGUACGCCAGGGAACGUGUACCCGUCAACUCCGUUCCGUCUACAUCUGUUUCUGUCUCACCAACGGCCUUUCUUAUCCAACGUACGACCCCCACACACACACGUACAUACGCGCCCCCGCUGAACCCUCGUCUACGAGCUCGCGCCUAGAAACAACGGUUUACGGGCACACCUACACACACCCAGGCGAACCGUGAAACCGUGUACUUUGGUGCACCGGAGUCGUGGCACACGAGCUUCCUCCCGAAUCCAGCCAAGUCCAAAGUCCUUAAUCCCGUGGGGUGAUCCUGGCCCCGCCCGUACGCGAAGGAACCACACCCCAGCCGGAGAAGGGACUCAGGAUACAGAUUUCCCCGGCUUCUGGUGACGAUAGCGGCACGCUGUGGAGGCUAAGGUGGCUGUCGCGGAGGCUGAAGAAGUGGCGAGGUUGGUGAAAAUCGGCGCCGGGAGCGGACGAUCCGGGCAGCGGUAGUGGUGGCGGAACGGCAGGGGUACUAUGGGAGCGGGGGUAUGGGGGGCGGAGGAGGGCUACAAGCCACGGACCUCCGGCGAAGGCUCGAGUCCCGAUGUUCAGGAAGCACUCUUCCCCAAACCUCUCGUGCUAUAAGACACGAUGGCUCCUGCGCACCUCAGAGGAAUCCACGCGACCAGGAAGAAAGGGUUGACUUGCAAGCGACCCUCGCUUCCGGUCAGCCAACGUGUACAGGUCCCCGGCCGUGUAGGCGCCAGGAGGACGAAGAGAACGCAAACGAGAAAUAUGUGAGGCGCUCCAAAGGUGGAACCGGGCUUUUCGGUUCGCUAUACGGAAAGCUGCGGCUGUCCGUGGGGAGAAUUCUUAGCCAUGAGGCCGAGGAGGAGAAUGGCGGCAAUGGGAAGAGGCAUCGACUUCGAUGGUGUCGUAGGGACUUCCGGUGGAUCGCGGAUGUGGCGACGAGAACCCUGCUCAUCGGUAUCGUGCUUUUCGUCACGCCAGGUCUCUGUCACCAGGACGCGGUGCACAUUACGGCAAUUCUGGGGGAGAGCGUUGUCUUCAACUGUCACGUAGAGUUCCCCGGUGAGCACCCAGUGCCCUACGUUCUCCAAUGGGAGAAGAAGGUAGGCGACACGGGGCAGGAGAUACCGAUAUACAUAUGGUACGAGUCGUAUCCGACCCACAGUGGCGAGGGUUACGAAGGUCGAGUCUCGAAGGUGAGCCCCAAUUCACCGUACGGCGUGGCGAGCCUCAACCUGACCGACAUCCGCGAGACCGAUCAAGGAUGGUACGAGUGCAAGGUCGUCUUCCUCAACAGGUCGCCCAACAGUCACAAGAAUGGUACCUGGUUUCACCUGGACGUCCAUGAUUCGUUCGUGGCGUCGAGAACCGCACGAGGGGAUAAGAACGCGUGGUUUGUUUCCGCAGCACCGCCAAAGUUCAGCAUCACGCCGGAGGAGAUGAUCUACGUGAACGUGGGCGACGCGAUAAUAUUGAACUGCCAGGCUGAGGGCACGCCAACGCCUGAAAUCCUCUGGUACAAGGACGCGAAUCCAGUCGAGCCGUCGAGCACCAUUGGGAUAUUCAACGACGGCACCGAGCUCAGGAUCUCGACGAUCAAGAACGAGGACAUCGGGGAUUACACGUGCAUCGCCCGUAACGGAGAGGGACAGAUCAGUCACACUGCGCGUGUUAUUAUCGCUGGCGGAGCAGUGAUCACAGCGGCACCCACGAACCAAACGAAACUGGAGGGUGAAAAGGUGCAAUUCUCUUGCGAGGCGAAGGCUCUCCCAGGCAAUGUGACCGUGCGUUGGUUCCGCGAAGGCGCACCAGUCACGGAGGUCUCCGCUCUGGACACAAGGGUGUCCAUCAAGGCGGACGGCAGCCUCGUCAUCAAUCCCGUCAGCGCCGACGACUCUGGCCAGUACCUCUGCGAAGUGACGAAUGGUAUCGGAGACCCGCAAAGCGCCAGUGCUUAUCUCAACGUGGAAUAUCCAGCAAAGGUGACUUUCACCCCAACUGUCCAAUACCUGCCCUUCCGUUUGGCAGGGGUGGUCCAGUGUUACAUAAAGGCCAACCCACCCCUUCAGUACGUGACCUGGACGAAGGACAAGCGGCUGCUCGAGCCUUAUCAGACGAAGGAUAUCGUCGUCAUGAACAAUGGCUCCCUGCUGUUUACACGGGUGAACGAGAAUCACCAAGGCAGAUACACGUGCACGCCCUACAACGCCCAGGGCACGCAGGGCAGCUCGGGUCCCAUGGAGGUCCUCGUGCGAAACCCACCUGUGUUCACCCUCGAGCCGGAUCCAGUUUAUCAGAAGAAGGUCGGAGAAACCGUCGAGAUGCACUGCGACGCUCAAGAGGCCGAGGGCACGCAAAAACCCACCCUGCAAUGGCACAGGAGGAACGGCAUGUCCAUACAGCGCAAUCGGGCGAAGAUCGUCGGUGGCAAUUUAACGAUCGAGAGCCUUCGACGAUCGGACUUCGGCUUCUACCAGUGCAUCGCGUCCAAUGAGGUGGCGACCAUAUCAGCCUCCACCCAGUUGAUAGUCGAGGGUACGCAACCACACGCCCCCUACAACGUCACUGGGACCGCGACAGAGUUCUCGGUCACGUUGUCCUGGCUGCCAGGGUACUCCGGUGGGCCUGACUACAAGCAAGACUACACCAUUUGGCACAGAGAAGCGGGCACCUCGGAAUGGACGACGAUUCCCGUGACUCCUUCGGGUAGCACAACGGUGACGAUCAACAACCUGACACCAGGUACGCUGUACGAGUUCCAAGUAAUCGGGAAGAACGCCUUGGGCGAUGGGAUGCUGAGCAAAAGCAUCACCAUCAGGACGCUCGACGUGACACUGACACACUCAGCGACGCCAUCCUCGAGCGCCGGUCAAGCUGCAGCCACGGAUCAAAGCGGACCGAAGCCAGGUCCGCCAAGGAACCUCACUGUGACGGAGGUCAGUAACGGUUUCCUGAUAACCUGGCAAGCUCCUCUCAAGUUCGAGCACCUCAUCAAGUACUACACCAUCAAGUAUAAAACGGACGGACCCUGGAAAACGCUCAACAAGGGACACAUCCGACCCGACGAAACCAGCUAUUUGGUAAAGAAUCUGGUCGGUGGUAGGACCUACUAUUUCCAAGUGUUCGCCAACUCGGUGACGAACUACGGCGCCAGCGAGCUGGUGAAAUUCCCGGUGCCGGCUCGCGUCAAGCACAAGGCGAUCACCGCGGGCGUCGUCGGUGGUAUACUCUUCUUCAUUGUCGCGAUCAUCCUCAGCAUAUGCGCGGUGAAGAUUUGCAAUAAGCGGAAGAGACGAAAACAGGAGAAAGAACUGCUUUCAGCGUAUAGUAUGGUGGCCUGCCGGGUCACCGACGCCAGGAACGGCGCAGGGCAGGGGCCCCAGGGAACAGUGCCUUUGAAAAAACCUAGAAAAAGCCGAGUACCAGGUCUAAAUCUCCUGCGGGAGAUCCUAACCCCCGACACGCCGGACUCGUGUCGCGGUCGGCCACUGGGUAAGAUCUCGCGCGCGGCCGACGGCCGUUUCGUCGUGGCGGACUCCGUGGUCAGCUCGGCGAACAACAGCAUCCUGGACGCAUCGAGCAGCGACGACGGGGGUUUCCUGCCCAAGCAGCGGCUCAAGUCCUCCUGGCGGCGGCCGCUGGUCGGCACCAGCCAGCUGAGCCUCAGGUCAGACGGCAGCGGGGUGUCCAUCAACGGCGGUUUGCCGUCCAUUCAUCACCUGGCGACGGUCAACUCGCUGGCGAGGAUCGCGCCAGCUAUCUGCACGAUAUCCUCGCCCAGGUUUCUGGCCAGCUCGCCCACAGGACCCCAAGUACCUUGGACGCCGCUGUACUUCAGCGAUCUCAGCUCUGUCAGGCAGCCAUCAUCCGGUGAACAUUCCUUCCCGACGCCGCCCGAUUACCUACAGCUGCGCACCAUGCACCAGCGAUACAGUCAGGAGCUGCCCUCGCUGAAUGCCAUCCACGCAGAGUCUAGGAGGUUCGUCCCUGUCCAACCUCUGGCCACCUCCUCGCCGCCCCAACCCGCCGGCAGACCCAGAGCCAGGCUUCCACCUAGGCACGCGAGGCACGCGAGAUCCGCGCCCGAGCUGGCCGCGUCCCCCGACCUGGAGACGUCCCCGGAGAGCAGAUCCAGCAGCUCUGGCUUCGGUAGCAAGAACACCUCGCAACAGAACCAGAGCUCCAGGAGCGGCAGCACGGUGGCCGAAUGGCGACCACCGCCGUACAGGCCACCGCCGCCGCCCCUGGUAGGCAGGUGGCUGGAGCUGCAGGACCAGGCCAAGGUGGGUCACACGCACAUCCAAACGGCCGUGGACGCGGGCAGCGUCGACGGACAUUACGAGUUCGAUCCUGUCUCCUGCACCCCUACUCCAACGUCCGCCUCCACGCCUACCAGAGAGGAGAGGCCGCCUGUCCAUCAGAUCCACGCCAUCCACGUGCCACACAUUCACCAGGUGCAUACGGUCCAUCAUCAACCGCUUAGAUACACCAGGGACAACAUCGAGGCCAGGGUGCAGGCAAUGAAGGCGGAAUUCCAUCAAUUUAGACAACGGCAGGCGAGGAGGCGGCAGAGCGCGCACCUGGAGAGCGCGUGUUGACACUACUCUUCGCUAGCACUAGGCUCUGCACGCAUCCUUGGAUUUUCCCCCCAUUGUUCGAUUACACGACUCAGGUUCCCUGCUUCGUUUCGCUAUUUCCCUGGAAACGGUCACGUCGCGGAGGAUUACGUACGUUCGUUCGUCGACGACGGCACAGACGACGAAGACGCAGGAUGAUUUCGCGGGGCUGGCGAAAGGCAUACAUGUCCGAACAAACCCAACAAAACCCUUUGACGCAUAGCGCGGAAGUAGACCAACCGUUGAAGCACGAGGAUACGUCGGCGUCGUGGCGCGAUUCCGCCGUAGGCAACCUCAAGUCAAUUCCACUUCGGCUGGGCAACCAUCACUUCGGAAACGCUCUCGCGGGGAGCGUGGGCUCAGGAUACAUACGAUUCUCGACGAGAGAACCUAACGCAGUAGAAUUAUGUACAUUUAAGCGGACACGACGCGUCCAAGGUCCGAUUCGUCGACUCGAGGCGAGUCGCGUUCCAAGAAUCGACGGUUCGAGGAGAAUCCAGCGAACGGACGACUCCGACGAUGUGUUCGAAAAGCUCUAGGAUCGUCGACCUCCCGCCAACUACAGCGAUUUUUAGCGAUACUUGUAUUAUAAUAGCGGAGCCGAGAGCGAAAAGGACGACAAAGGAUGAGAGUUCACGGGAUGGAAAAAGUUCGUUCGGUGAAGUCAUCGCCUAGGUGCCGUUACGAUUCUAGGCGAUGGAGGGAAAGUGCGAAGAGGAUUCUCAAGCAUAACACCCGGCAUGAUACUCUCCAAAGAAACUGUACCGUGCUCCGUUACACCUUUAACGAAACGUAUAAUGAAUUAACGAGCAAGAAAAUAAAGAAUUAAUAAUGAAAUACAAAACGACACGUAAGAUUAACCGUAAUCGUACACUGUAAGUGAUAAUUAACGAGAGAAAAGAAGAAAAAAGAAAAAUGAAUGCGAAAGCGAAGCAACAAAAAAAUAAAAAACAAACACGUAAGAUAAUCGAAGAUUUACUACACGCGUACACCGUACACACCGUCAUACAUACACGUACAGAGACACACGAACACGUAUACACAGGAGAAACUAAAUAAAUAAAAAACAAGUAAUUAUAUCGAUGAGCAAAAUGGACUCGUGAAACGUGAUAUUAGGCCGAAGCUUGCCUCGAGAUUGCUUAAGGACUCACUCGUACUGCACUGCCUGUUUAGGGUUUCGCUAGCGACCCAACAUAUUAUCGGCACAAUAAUUUUUCUUAAGCAACGUAAACGUGAAAAAAAAAAAUAAAGUAAAACUAAUCGUAAUGUUCUUUGAAUCUACGCGCGCGCCCACUCGGCCGGCCACGAGGCUCGCGUACACGCGCGUGCACGCCCACCCCCGCGACAUCUCGACACCCGCUCGCCCGUCUUUUCUACGUGUACAUACACUCGUGUACAUAUACAUCGCGCCAUCGGGGCUCAAAUCGCUCGGCGAGCGUCCAAGCUCGCUCUCGGCGAACCGUGCUCGGCGAACCGUGCUCGGCGAACCGUGCUCGGCGAACCGCCAAACGGAACGGCAGAGAUGUGCAAAAUGCCUCGUCAAAUGAUAGAUAAAAGGUGAAUCACUUUCGUCUCCUAUUCGUUCAAUACGACGAAAGUUAUCGUGUUUAUGGCAACUACUUUUACGUUCUUUCGAAUUUCCUGUUUGGGUUUUAAUAUUCGUGUGGAUUAGUCUCUAGGAGCACCUUAACGAUUUCGAGCUCAGCUAUUGGAUCCUCCUCGGACGACGCGGAUCCUCUGCAAUUGUUCGAUGUUAGCGAGUUGGUGGAAAUUUUAAGAGAAAAAGCAUAGGGGAAGCCGUUGUUUUAAAAGUAGAUCGUUGGACGAGUCAUGGAGAGAUUGCGUAGACGAUUCCGGGUAGAGAUUAUGCGACUGUGCAUGGUAUUUAAAAUAUUUCAAUUUUUUUCUCAGGUUUAUUCUAUUCUCAAAGAUAAAUUUUCCUAUGGAACCAUGUAAACUUGUUUAAAAAAUAUAAUUUUUCUCGUGUACCAAAUUCUAAUAGAGAGUGACUUGUAACUCGUGAUCCAGAAAUGGGGGGCUCGGGGCACCAAAACUGCCACGAAAUUUUACUUCCUCUCUUAUAUAUACAUUAUUGCAAUCAGGAUUACAAAAUGAAAUUAUAACUCACGUUGAACGUAUAAAAGUUUAUCUCGACUCGAAUGAACAGUAUGGAUAUGUGCGACGUUUUUAUUCGUGAUAAAGUAUUGUCCAAAGUAAUAAAAUCGAAUCAAAUUUUGCCCAUCUCUGCGGAAGGGAGACAUCCCUUUGUUUGGAUCGGGAAACGAAAUUGCGAAAAGAAGAGGCCGGCCCCCUCUCGAAAGAAUACACGCGAAUCGUGCACUCGCGUCGGGAGCAUCGCCGAUCGGCCCUGGUCCGUGCAAUUUAGGGGAAAAACAAAAGGAGUUACACACGCGCGUACACGUGCACUCGAUUCCCUUUCCACGCGAUUAAAAAACGAGAAUUAAUCCUAGUUUCACGCACUUACAAUCAGCAUUCGAAGGUAGACACAAAGUAUCACAAAGAUUUCAAGACGAAAAUGGUGAAAUUUACAUAUCUAAUUAAUUGAUUCCCUGAAAAUAAAAUUCAUAAUUUUCUCGAGUUCUUUGUCACAUUAAUUACAAAACACGAUGUGUUUACACAUUUGAUUUUUUACUUUAAGUUUCUGAGAGUUAUCGAACGAAUUCACUAUUUUUCAAUAGAUCAUUUUUGCACGGUGUUCUUUAAGUCUUGCGUGAAAAUUGAAUCGAGUACGCACAAGUUACACACGGACACGUAAAUCGACACGACACGCACACAAUACGGAGAGAACGAUAGAGAGCCAGAGAUAUACGGAUGAGUACAAGACACACGCGCAUAACACGAAUGGCGUUCUUCGAGACCCACCUAAUUCUCACCAAAACGCAUUGUAUUAAAUCAUCUUCGAGUCGAGAUCGAUGCACGCGAACGGCACGCAGAGCGUUCGAUUAGGAUAUACGGGCUAACUAACGACGUACCAGUCUUGGGCACAAUGUAAUCGAUCAUUCGUUAAUGCCAGUCUUGUGAUUUAUUGUCACAAAUCGUAGCAUCACAAAACGAUCAUUGCCCAAGUCUGUCACGUAGAACGAACGCGACCUACACGGACGAGAGAUCGUCCAUAUUCAUACCUUUCAGGCGUUCCGUGAAUAUUUUGGGAGCUUCUUUUCUGGCGUUUAACCGAAGAGAAAGAGAGACGAUCGAACGCUCUCGGUCCGCAGCGACGAGCAACGAUUUCCAGCUCUCGACGACUCGGCGUUUCACAUUAUUUUUUUCUUUUUUUUAUAGUACAAACACUUAUUUAUACGUACGUAUUAUACAUACUUAUAUUAUAUAAAUAUUAGCAAGGGCUCUACUCACGAUUCAACUAUACUUCGACGCACAGUUACAAAAACCAAACGUGCGGUACGACGCGGACGAUCUAUAAUUUUCUGUUACAAUGUACAGUGAAUCGCAAAAUUAUUGACACGUUGACGAUAAAGUGUGAUAACAGUGCGCAAAAAUAAGAGAACAAGGACUUUCAUUUUGGAAAGAAUGAGCACUUUACUUUCUUUUUGUUUAUCGUGUCUUUCACGUGCAAGAAAUUGAUUACACUACAUGUAGGCUAAUAUGUACACAUAUCUAUACACUUUUUGUUUAAAUUUAACGCCCUCACAAAUUUCAUGUUUUUGUCAUGCAAGUGACAAAUCGAAUGCUGCCAAUAUUCACAUAUCGUAUUUGUCUUGAAUAUUUAACAAUUUUGUAAAUCGCACACAACAGAGCGAAGUAUAUUUUAAUUUUUCAAAAUUCAUCGUUUUAUUCUGCGCAAUUUUAUCAAAUUGUACGUGCCGACAAUUUUCCGUCACAAUGCAUUCAAAUGCGUGCGCGCGCGAGUGUGUAAGUGCAUGUAUGUGUUUGUGUGUGUGUGUGUGUGCAAGGUCGUUGUGUGUGAGAGCUGAGAGACUGAGAAUCGUAGCGGAAAAGACAGGCGAAAUAACACGAACGAGAACCAGAGAUGGGCAAAAUUCUUAUCCCGAAUAACGAUUAAAAGAUGUACAACUUUUUAUUCCUGAAUAAAAACCUUGAAUUUAAAUUCUACAAUUGUAUUUCGCGUUGAAAAUCUUAUUCGUAUAACCGUACGAUCGAAUAAACGUGGCGAAUAUAUCGCCAUUUGAUUUUAUUCGUCGUCUACCGUUCGAAUAAAAUUUUGCCCAGUCUCUGGCGUGAACAUACGCGAGGAAGAAUGCCGUGCGCGUGUGACUAACGUUCAAAGACGAAAUCGCGUGAAAUACUCGCGAAUAUACUCGAGGAGAGGUUAGAGCAAUGAUACGGAAUGAAAUAAAUAAAUAAAUAAAUAAAUAAAUAAAUAAAUAAAUAAAUAAGUAAAUAAAUAAAUAAAUAAAUAAAUAAAUAAAUAAAUAAAUAAAAACACUAAACGGAGGCGACGCGAAAGAGUACCAAUAUUCUAAAGUAAUUCUAAUGAUUGACUUAAUAAUUUGAUAAUUAAUUGAUAUUGUAAAUCGUAAACGACUCGUAGCGUGUAGCGUAUUAAUCAACGAUAAACGACGAACGCGGCGACGAUUAAUUCCAUUUAAAAUUAAUUAAUUAAUCACCCGGGGAUUUGCGAGAGCAACGGCGAACUGUGAAGCUGGCGCGCGAUCAUGCGAUCAACGAAACGUCGCGAUCGAUCGCGUCGCUGGUUGUAUCAUAAUAAUAAUCGUGUUGUAGGCACCGGGGACGGGCGAAAUUCUCAAUCUAAAUAAAAAUCGCGAGUAACGAAUAAAAGAUACAACACGUUUCGUUCGUUACCGAAUGAAUUCUAGAAUCUGAAUUGUAAAAUGAACGAAUAACAAACCUUCGGUCGUAUAAACCUCGCGAAUAAAUAGUUAUUCGUUUGUAUUAUUCGAAUCAAAUUUCGCCCGUCUCCAGCGUCCGAUCUACGUGUCCACGUUUGGCGUCGUCGAGACGCUCGACACCACCACAAAAGAAAAAUAAAUAACGAAGGAACAGUCAAUCUCGAUCGAUAAAUCUUUUUGUACGUCGAACGGCCGCGAUCGAAUCGAAAUCACCUAGCUGCUUCCACUGAUCGAGCGCGACGAGCAUAAACGUUGUCACGUAGAGAGUCGAGAGGGACGUUAACAACCCUUUUAAGAAAAGGAGGAAGAUCGAGAACCGUCGAUCGUCAGACCUGUCUAGACGCCCGUCGAAACGAAGACGAGAAUACGAGCGUGAGAGGAGGAAACCAACCAAUCGAUAUAGGUAUAUAAGUAACGUGUAGAUAUAUCAUAGUUAGAUACAACGAUCUCAAAAGGACGCGCUGAGAGUGAACGAUCGCUGAGAUCGAAGAGAGUACGGAUAAUAAAAUGCAUCUCCGAUGCGCCGGCACGAAUGGCUCAAAAGUCUUGCUCGAAACCGCAAAGAGAGAUUUAGCGAGAAAUAUAUAUAUAUAUAUAUGUAUGUAUACGCGUACAGUAAGUUCUCGAUUCACGUAAUUAAUUCAUACGAACCACCUGAAACCAGGUGUGUAUGAUUUGGUACACAAUCUCGAUUUAAGUAUUUAAAUUGAAUCGAUCUAUUUGUACUCUUCUAUGGAAAGAAACAUUGAAGAAGUUUAUUGAAUAUUCGAGUACAUAUGUUAAAUAAAUCUUUCGAUCACCUCGCAGUACAUUUGGUACCCCAAAUGUUAUAAUCUCCUAUAUUGCAGGUAUUCCAAAAAUUUAAUUUACACGAUAGCAAAUAUGUCUAAAGACAAAUAUGUGAGCAUUUAAAAAUUCAUGUAACUCGAGGACUCACCGUACAUUCCUUGCAAAAUCUCUGUAUAAUUAUAUAUAUAUAUAUAUAAAUAUACUGUACGUGUGUAUAUAGAGAUCGAGACGAAGGAUCCGUUAUAGAAGGAGAGAAUGGACAAUGGUUUCGCGCGAUCGCGUGUUAAGUGAAUAAUAUGGUUGAAUCGUGAAUUCGUUCGUGUAACGUUCGUCAUCAACAAUCAUUAUCGAUAACUUCGUUUCACGUCUAUUCCUUUCGUUCCUAAACACCCUUCUUCUUCCCUGAUCCCUCCACCCCCCCCCCCCUCAACUUUCCACUUCGUCUGUUUCUGCUUCUAUUACAUUUCCCUCAAUUCCAUUUGCGAUCUCCGUUUUCUUCCACUUUUUCUGAUUCUUCUCCGUCUACCUCGAAUCAUCGUCACGGCUUUCUUUGCGUUCGCGAUUUACACACCUUCGUCGAGUUAUUUAUUUAGAUAUUCGAGCGAGUACGAGCGUACUCCGCCGGAUUGUGAACGAAAUUAAUUUAGGUAUUCGCUCUUUACGUACCUGAAAGCCAUCUGGCAUAGCGUAUUUUUCAGAGUCGCGAGUGAAAUUCUCAUCCAAUGUAGCUUGAACGUUCGCAGGAAACACCGUGCGCGCGCGCAACCUGCGAGCAGCGUUGAGUAAAGUUUCACUGCGAUUGCUUCGUGAUAGACUACAAAUUUUAAACAUUUGUUUGAUGCUAGUAUGGAGAAAGCAUAUGAAAAGUGUAUGCAGAUGGUAUUUCCGUAAAUUGAUAUAACGAUAUUAAUGGUUCUGCUCGCGUAAAAUCUGCAAUAAUGAUAAUUGUAAUUAAUUAUUAAUGGAAGUUUUGAAAGAUUGUAAACUAUCGAGUUACGAUUGUAGAUCACACGUGUGUGCUAUUAUUACAUAUUAAUCUAAACGUAUACACUUACACAAAGCAAGACAUUAAUAUUGUUAUAUAUGUAUCAAUUCGUGCGGUGCACUUUCUGUAUGAUUUCCAUGUUAGCAUAUGUUAUGGAUGUUUAUAAUUCGCAGUUUAAUGGUCACAGAGCGAUCGUUGCCCAACACUGCUGCGAAGGGGCAAAAGAGAUGAUCGACGAUCGGUAGGGAUCGCGCGAGAGUGGAUCGAUCGAUUCCCAUAACGAUUACGUUUUUUGACAUUUUCGUGAAUUGUUCGUCUCGUCGGUUAGAGUUGCAUCGCGUGAACACUCGCGGGAAUUUUCAGGAAUUUUUAUUUCAAUAAAUUGUUAAUGUUA